CAUGGUAUUUUGACAUUUGCAAGCUUCACACCGACGCGGUGUCAUCGUCGGGUUUUAUUUAAUUUUAUUAUUAUAAAUAAGCGACAAAGAAAAUUGUGAUAGUGUGAUUUUAUACACAUCUUGGUGAUAUUAUUAGUGAUAAGAUUUGUUAUGUUAUUGUUGCACAUUUGAAACCUAACGAGCUUACCCUGCCUGCAGUGCGUGCCAAGAGCCCCAGAGUCCCAGCCAUUAGAUUGAGUGGAGUGUCCCCUGUGUCCAACCACACGUAGCCCCAUACGCAGUCAAAAUUCCGCGAGACACAACGGACACCUCCUCCAGCAUGGAACUGGAGAAAGCCCCCAACCUCCACGAGGAAGACUCCAAAGUUACCCUCACUAUCAGACUGAUCAUGCAGGGGAAGGAAGUUGGCAGUAUUAUCGGGAAAAAGGGAGAAAUUGUCAAAAGAUUUAGAGAAGAGUCUGGAGCCAAAAUCAACAUAUCUGAUGGAUCAUGUCCAGAACGUAUUGUUACUGUCACUGGAAACACAAACGCCAUUUUCAAAGCAUUCACACUUAUAUGCAAGAAAUUUGAAGAGUGGUGCUCACAGUUCAACGAGGGUGGCGGCGGCGGGUCGCGUGCGCCGAUCACGCUGCGUCUCAUCGUGCCCGCGUCGCAGUGCGGCUCACUCAUUGGGAAAGGCGGCUCCAAGAUCAAAGAGAUCAGGGAUGUCACAGGAGCCAAUAUACAGGUCGCGAGCGAAAUGCUGCCAAAUUCUACGGAACGCGCGGUGACGAUCAGCGGGACCUGCGACGCCAUCACACAAUGCAUUUACCACAUCUGCUGCGUCAUGUUAGAGAGCCCACCAAAAGGAGCCACCAUCCCAUACAGGCCGAAGCCGACGGUGGCGGGCCCCGUGAUCCUCGCCGGGGGACAAGCCUACACCAUCCAGGGCAACUACGCGGUACCGGCGCAAGACAUGGGAGGACUGGCGAAAUCACCGUUGGCGGGUCUCGCCGCUCUGGGCCUAGGAGGACUGGGACCAGCUAACUCAGGUGGAUUGAACCCAGCAGCCUUGGCCGCUUUAGCGGGAUCACAGUUACGCACGUCGUCUGCCACUCGCAACCAGCCGACCACCAACCAACAGUCGCACGAGAUGACAGUGCCCAACGAAUUAAUCGGGUGCAUCAUUGGCAAGGGCGGCACUAAAAUCGCGGAAAUUCGUCAAAUCUCGGGGGCCAUGAUUCGGAUAUCGAACUGCGAGGAGCGCGAGGGCGGCAGCACCGACCGCACCAUCACCAUCUCCGGGAACCCCGACUCGGUGGCUCUUGCGCAGUAUCUCAUCAACAUGAGGAUCACGAUGGAGACCGCCGGGCUGCAGCUGCCGGGGUACCACUACAUCGCUCCCAACCACAUCGUGAAGGCCCCGAUCCAUUGAAUGGGGCUCCGCAGCCAGGCGCCCGCGUACAAGCUGUACAACACCGAGCGCGCGUACUACGUGCAACCGCACUACGGGACUCUGGCUCCGAUAUAUUUCUACAAAUAAAUCUCCAACGAGGGAUCGGAAGCAAUUGGCAUCGCUAAAUAACGUGCUGAAACGUAUGUUUACAUUUGUUACGAGUUUAUAAGUAUUUUAGAUAUUCUUAUAUUUAUUCUCCACUGUAUUAAUUGGUCGGAAUGAAUAGGUAAUCAAUGAGGGGUGAUAUGCAUUAUAUCGGGGAUAUUGUAUUGAAGUUUUAAAAUGACUGACAUUUUAAAAAUAAAGUAUUAACCUGCGAGCGGUGAACGUGUCUUAAUUAUUACCGAUGCACUUAUUUAAAAACAUUAAUGAUUAUUUGUUUUCAUCGUUCCCCGCUCCAAGUUGUGAAUUUUUAUCAAAGUAUGCGACAGGAGUUAGCUAAGCUGAUCGAAUUUACUAUGGAUUUAAGCGGUCGAGUUAUUCAAUUAUCAAUUGAAUUUUCGUCAUGAUCAGUACUGACCACAAAUGAAUAAAAUGUUCAAAAUAAGUUAAAUCGAGAGUCGGAAUACAGUAGGUGUAGAUGCGUUACAAUCGACCUCGGCCCUGCUGACGUAGCGUAGUGUUAGCAUAGCGACAGAGUGAGAGGGUUAAAGACAAUAUAUGUAAAUAUAAAUAAAUGGUAAUAACCUGGAAAAUUAGGUAUUACAGUAAAAGUUGUGUCGCUCGGGAGCGGCGCGGCGAUACGAAACCGGUGGGAUCAAAUCCUUUUAGAACUAACAUUAAAGCGGACAGAGGCGAAGCGCGAACAUUUCACUAAAACAUUUAAAAUCGUUAUCAUCACAAAAAAGACGUUAGGUGUAUAAAAAUAGUGUUGCUAAAUGUGAUAGUCUUCUAAUUUAUUUUACAUUUGAAAUAUAAGAUCUCUUACAUAUACUGCGUGUGCAUCGGCUACUUGAAAUUUUAUAUUGAGUAAAUAAUAUUGGUCUAGGGAUCAAAACCAAAGAUUGUUGAAGUUUGUUUAACAUUAAUAAUGUUGUGGAUUUAUGCUAAAUUAUUCUGAGAGUAGUUAAUGUUUAGUGACGUAACGUAGGACAGUUUGUUUUGACUUAUUUUAUUACCCUCUCUGGACUGCUCAUUGUAUUUAGUCUUAGAUCAAAAUAUAGAUAGCUCUGUGGUAUUCAACAUAUUUCCAAAAAUCUUCAAAAAAAAUCGCUUAGUUGUAAGUAGUAUAAGAUAACUAUAGGACCACUGUAUUCGAACGCUUUCCAGUGAAACGUUUCGUUAAAGCAUAAUGAUGCAAUGUAGUGCCACUGAAUAACAAAAUGGUGUGCCAAAUGUCUGAGUUUGUAAUCAAUAAGAAUAAGAUUCGAAUUAUUACGAUGCAUUUUAAUCUCGAUAAAAAUAUUGUCUUAAAUCAUUGAUAGAUGUUACAAAGUGUACUGAAUACACAAUUCACAGAUAAAUGACUAAUUUUGCACCCUAGAUUUAAGAUACACAAUUAGACUAACAAGAUAGUCGAAACAUAUCCCUAUUACAUAUUUCCCAAGUCUUCCCCUUUCAUUAUUUUUCAAUAAAUUGUAAUAAAUUUAAAAGUAAUGAAUGAAUGUGCCAAAGUUGUGUUUACGUAUUUGAAUGCAUGUAAUGUAAUGAAAUUCAUGAGAUCUUAUUUCGCCGACUUUGUCGACGUGUAACUAGUCAAAUUGUUCUGAAAAUAAAGACAAAAAUUAUAUUAUUGUAUGCUAGUCAAAAUUAUUUUCAAUUGGUAAGUUUUACUUUUUUGUACAAUAAAAUGGAAAUUUAUUUAUUUUUGUGUUUGUAAAAGUAAAAGUUUUAACUAUUUUUGUGUGGUCUCGCUUAAACGUAAAUUAGCAAUAAAAUUUUGAUAAAAUCAAUUAUUUAUAGUCUAAUGAAUUGCAAUUAAGACAAUGUAUAGAGCUUUGUAAAUUAAGUACCACACAGGUAUAAAUAGAGAUUAAUCUAUAGGUGUAACUGUGAACAGAUUUUGAAAACGUAGUAAGAGAUUAAAGAGAAGAGAUUUAAUAGCUGUGAUUAAAGAUUGGUGGCACUUUUGUGCGAAAAGCUACGUCAGGUAGUCGCUGUAUAUUCGUUGUCGGCAUAGAGCGCAAGUAGUUGUGAUAGUGCACGCUUGCUGUAGAAUGGUUAUGAGUGUGGCGGAGGUGCGCGUUAUUCGGGCGGAGCGACGGACGUUGUAUUGCGAGAAGGCAAUUGUAACGCAAAUACUUUGACAAAAAGUAUUAGCUCCUCGGUGUUGUCACUACAUGUAUAAAACUAGUACAAUGCAACUUUAUUGCAGUAGUUAAUAAAAUGCAUAAUUAAUUUGUCACGUGUAGCUAUUACAUUCAGUUAUAUUAGUCACAGAAAUGAUAAUAUAAUCUUUAUUAUACUCAUAUUAGAAUAGUAAUUAUGAUUCAAUAUUGUUACUGUUAUUUUGAUUUGCUCAAUUUUCUGAAUGUUUUAUGUAAGCUAGGCUUCGAAAUAUUAUUUAGUUUUGUUGGUUUGUUAGAACUUUUAAUAUCAGGGAUGUAUUUGUGACAAACAUCUCGUAUUUAAAGUGAUUCUAUUAAAUUUAACUGUACUCACACAAAAUUCUGAAGAAACUACUAUUAUGGAGAUAAAUAAUAAAAAUGGCAAUUACAGAAUAACUUACAAAGUUCGCACACAUGCACGACAAAGCCAGAAUCUUAUUUACUAACUGAUUUAUUAAUAUUCUAAUCUCACAAUGCCAUGACAUGAAUAUACGCAUACAUAUAAAUUUGUACUUAAUUAUUUUUAUCCCAUCAUCAUAAAAUGUUCUAUUAAGUAUUGACAUCAUCAUCAAAUGACAAAUUAGUGAAAUUUUAUUUUAUAAUUGGAUUUAUUUGGUUUUGUUAAUUGAUUUUUGUUUUAAUUAUAAAAAAAGAUAUGUGCUUAUAGUUUUUUGGAUGCCACUUUAUUACAUUAUCAUAUUUUGUUCUGUAUUUUUAUGUGACGUGUUAUAAAUUUAUAUUAGCCUUUAUUGACAGGGUCUGACUGCGUUGUAUAAUAGUGUUAAUUAAAUUCAAUUUUAGCAAAUAUGAAUAAUGGUAAUAGUGAAUUUUUUUAGAAUUUUCAUGUUAGCACUUGAAUUUGAUACUUAUUGCACCAUUUCGAAAUCCUUAUAUUGAAUUUUUUGGGUAUUAGGAUACAAAAAAACCUUUCAUAGCGCACGUGUUCUGUGCGUUUGUAUGUUCAUUGAUGGAAUAUGCAUAAGAGAAUGUUAUUUUUACUAAAGCAAUAUCAAUGCUUAAUAUUUCGUUAUCAUCUUAAAUAAAUUUAUAUUCACAUACAGGUUUGCGACGAUUGGGUAAAAAGGGUUGUGUCAUUUGUUAUGCAUAUACAAUAUUCAAUAUAUUCGCUUUGGUCCCUCUAAGUACAUUACAAAUAAAUUAGACCUAUAAAAAAUUCAUCUUAAUAAUGUAGUAAACCAGGGUAACGUAUAGAUGAUACAUAUUAUUUCGGUAUAAGUUCACAAUAUUGUACCUGUAGUUCAAAAUCAGUGUAUUCAAAAAGCUUAUAAAAUUGUACUCUAAAACAUUGUUUUAAGUCUUAACCUUAAACCAAGUAAUGGAACAAUAACGUGCUUGUAAAAAGAGUACCUACUUUAUUAUAUUCAUGGUCUUACAAUUUCAUCUUUAAGGCAUGGUCUACAAGUAUACGAAAGUGCCAAAGUAACAAAAACAAUGUUAAGUGAUGAAAUUUGGCCAAUUUGUUAUAUCUAUAUGUUUUUGUAGGCUAUGCCUAAAUCUGUUUUCAAUAAUCGUUUAGUAUUAAACCUUUAUAGUAUUUAUUGACUGAGUAUAGUUAAGAGUAAUUAUACAGAAGGCAACAAAAUCUCUCAAUUGUCUUGUAUUACUGCUGCAAUUUCGAUAAGCAUUUAAUUUUAUACUCGCAUCGAUAGCGUGUAUUCAAAGCACUGGCCAAAUUCACAGUUCGCUUAAAAAAUAUUAUUAAUAAUUAUUUUUGUUCUCUGAGCAAUAUUUAGAGCUUGAAAUAGCGGCUAUGGGUUUUGCUACUCCGUACAUGAUAUACAUUUUAACAAAAUUUUAAUGCAUGGCUAAGUCAAUAUGACAAUUAAGCAUUAACUUCAUACAAGCAUGGUAUGCCAUACAUUUUUAUGAUGUAUUAUAGUGAAGUCUAUGUAUACAACAGUUUUGACAAUAUUAUAUGUGCCAUUAUGAUGAUUAUCGAAGCAAUAUGGCUGCAAAUAUCUUGCUUUCUCUGUAGUAGGUAUGUGGGUUUGUUUCAAAAUGGCGCAUGCUUGUGUGAACAAGAGAAAAGUAUAGAUAUUUUGUGUUCCCGUACAAUAAGAAUUUCACUCGUCAUAUCUUUUAAAUAUCAGUGUAAUUGUCGACAUAUCUAAUCGUUUUGUGAAUUGAAUUGAUUAAUGUUAAUGAAAUAUAAAUGUUGUACUUACGGUUACAGUAUACUGUCAUUGAGGUUCAUUUCAAUAUUAAUGUUUGUUUUCUUAUGUUAAUUCAAUAAA